CCCUCAUCAGGCAUCUCUGCAUGUCCCCGGGUUAUGCUGUUGCCUUGACUAAAAUUGAGGCUGGACAACUACCUCGGUUUGCUUUGCGUUUGGCCGGCCGUGGGCAAACCUCAACGAAAGAUGAUUGCUACUUUCUGACUGUUGCAAUGUUUUAUUUUGAGUGACGUAGCAGCCAAGGAACAUGCAAUUUUUCUUCUUGUGCCUGUUGGUUACUGGGGCGGGCGGUAGAGAGACGGAUAGACGGAAACAAGGUGACAAUCAGCUGCUGCCACCCCCUACCUCUGUUCCGAGCAGAGAGACAUCUCCAUGUAUGCAAUAUACACCGCGGAGCCGCUGCGGGACAGUCAUAAUUACCAUCCUGCCAUGUCGUCUUCUAGAAGGGGGAGGGGUGGGUGUGACAGCCGUCUCACUACCUACCUACAUACCUACCUACCUAUGCAUCGUCCUUCCUUUCCCGGGCAUAUUUGGAAUGCUCUCUGGAGAAGCACAAUCUGCUCGUUCGCGGCUCGUCUGUCUGGGCAAGGCUUGAGACUAGCCCGCCUUUCCUACCGUUAAAUCGUUUGAUGGCAUCUUCUAAAAAAAAGUCCGAGGUGAAAUAGCAUGCCAUUGGCAAGAAUACCUACCUACCUGCAGCUAUACCUGCUCCGUGCCCCUACUAC